AUGUUUGCAACUGAUUCACUUCCUUAUCUAAACCCUAAUCAGGACAGACGCGUGGCAUUGAUAACAGGGGGGAAUAGUGGUGUUGGAUAUUAUACUGUUUUACAUCUUUACUUGCAUGGUUACAUUGUAUAUAUUGCAGGAAGAAGUAGAUCACGAGUGUUAAAAUCAAUUCGAGAAUUAAAACAAGAUGCAACCGCUAUAAGACUGACUUAUACUAGUCAACAAUCAUCUAGUGAAAGAUUCCUUGGAGAUUUAUUCUAUUUAGAAAUCGAUUUAAGUAGCUUAGCAUCAGUUAUAGCUGCCGUGGAGAAUUUCAAACAAUUAGAAUCAAAUCUUAAUAUAUUAAUCAAUAAUGCUGGUGCAAUGGCUUUACCUUAUGCAUUAACUCAAGAUGGUUUUGAUAUUCAAAUUCAAACUAAUUUCAUUGCCCCUUUUGUAUUAUCUACCAAGUUAUUACCUUUACUUGAAAAUACUGCUGAUAGAUUCCCAUCAAUUGAUCCUCCUCGUAUAAUAUAUUUAAGUUCAGUAGGUCAUCAAUUAUGUCUACGGUACUUCAAUAUGAAUUCCACAUUCAAUUAUAAACCCAAUUUCGUCUUUACAUGGUUAAGAUAUGGAUUGGCCAAGAUUGCUGGAAUUCAUUUUAUGAAAAUGUUAGCUUUAAGAAAUCCGAAGAUUUUAUGUAUGUCAGUUCAUCCAGGAUUUGUGAUGAAUACUAAUCUUUUCUCAUAUUGGACAAGAUUACCAAUCAUUGGUAUAAUGUUCUGGUGUCUUUUCCAAAUCUUUGGUUAUUUCUUUGGAGUGUCGAAUGAAGAAGGAGCAAAUGCUAUCAUCAAAUGUUCUCUAGAUCCUACCUUAACGGUUGAAAAGGAUAAUGGGAAAUAUUUUGCUACUGGUGGUAAGGAAUCCGAACCUUCUAAAAUAGCACAAAAUAUGGAUUUUGCUGCUAGAACUUGGAUUUGGACAAUCCAUCAAUUAAGUGAAAGAGGUAUAUCAAUACCGAGUUAA